GACAGUCAUCUGAUUUUCUUUUUUUUCCCUGUGUUUCCUUGAUAGCCAACGUCAGUGCUAACCAACAAAACAACCGUCCUACCUACUGUUUUUCGUCUGUUUUUGUCUUCUUUCUUCCUUUUCUGUCCCUUUACAGGCUAUAAAAUAACCCCUCGUCUUCUUCCAGAGUCAUGGACGAGACGAGUCCGCUUGUCUCUCCGCUCCGGGAUUCGGGUGAUUUUAGCCACUUCCCCACAGAGCCCACUAGCCCCCGGGGUGCGUUUGGAAGCACGCCGGGCUCUGUGGUGCGCAUCCCGGCUGGCAGCCCGGGACGGAGUCGGGAGAGACAACCACUUCUGGAUCGGGACCGAGGAAACACUCCUCGGGAACCACACAGGAACGAAUUCCCAGAAGAUCCCGAGUUCAGAGACAUCAUUCGGAAGGCCGAACGAGCUAUAGAAGAAGGAAUCUACCCGGAGAGGAUCUAUCAGGGCUCCAGUGGAAGCUACUUUGUCAAAGAUUCACAGGGGAAGAUCAUUGGAGUGUUCAAACCUAAAAAUGAAGAGCCCUAUGGCCAGCUUAAUCCCAAAUGGACUAAAUGGCUCCAGAAACUGUGCUGUCCCUGCUGUUUUGGCCGUGACUGUUUGGUUCUGAACCAAGGUUACCUUUCAGAAGCUGGGGCCAGUCUGGUUGAUCAGAAGUUGGAGCUUGAUAUUGUACCCAGGACCAAGGUGGUGUAUUUGGCAAGUGAAACAUUCAACUACAGUGCCAUAGACAGGGUGAAGUCUAGAGGGAAAAGGCUAGCUCUGGAGAAGGUGCCCAAAGUGGGCCAACGCUUCCACAGGAUUGGACUUCCUCCCAAGGUUGGCUCCUUCCAGCUCUUCGUCGAUGGAUACAAGGAUGCAGAUUUCUGGCUGCGGAGGUUUGAAGCAGAGCCUUUGCCUGAAAACAACAACCGUCAGCUUCAGCUGCAGUUUGAGCGACUCGUAGUCCUCGAUUACAUCAUCAGGAACACAGACAGAGGAAAUGACAACUGGUUGCUGAAGUACGACUGUCCCAUGGAUCCUGUUGGUAACAGGGACAACGACUGGGUGGUAGUAAAGGACCCCAUCAUUAAACUAGCAGCCAUAGACAACGGCCUUGCCUUCCCCCUCAAGCACCCCGAUUCCUGGAGAGCUUACCCCUUCUACUGGGCAUGGCUGCCCCAAGCCAAAGUUACCUUUUCCCAGGAAAUCCGUGAGCUCGUCACACCAAAGCUCUCUGAUCCAAACUUCAUCAAAGACCUAGAGGAGGACCUCUACGAACUAUUUAAGAAAGAUCCUGGUUUUGACAGGGGUCAGUUUCACAAACAAGUAGCUGUUAUGAGGGGGCAGAUUUUGAACCUGUCCCAAGCCCUGAAGGAUGGUAAAUCACCCCUCCAGUUGGUCCAGAUGCCCCCAGUUAUUGUUGAAACAGCUAGAGCACCUCAGAGAGCAAACAGCGAGUCCUACACACAGAGUUUUCAAAGCAGAAGACCCUUCUUUACCUGGUGGUAGGAAAGAGGCAAUAAAGUGGAAGACAAGGAGCAGCAGGAAGGUGGACUAAGAAGCAUCUGUGUAAAGAUGGAGGAAGAGACAGAAUCUGAGAGCACCAGUUUUUUUUGUCCUGAAAAUAACACUCACCCUCUCUCCUCUCCUCAUGGAUACCCUGGUACAUAGGAUGAGUUGGUGGGUGCAGAGAUUGUGGCCAAAACAGGAAGGAUUUCCCAACAUAUCUUUCUUGUUUGCCUCUGUGCCUUGUGUGAAAAUGAUAGAGAAAUUUAGGUGAUGAUGAUUCUGUGCCCUCCUCAGAACAGUACUGAUGAGAUGACAUUUCUGCGGAUUCUUGGGUGCAUAUUAUGUCUGCUCACAUACACACACAUGCACGCCACUCAGAAACCUCUCAAAUGUUUGUUUUUUUUUUGGAUGGGAGGUGUUGCAUUCCAUAUUUUUUUUUUUUGUUUUGUUUUUUUCUCAUACCUAUAUGCCUUUUAAUACUCACAUGCAUAUUUCCUGCAUCGGUGAAAGCUGUGCCACCAGAUCAUGAGUUUGUUUUCUAAUAUAUAAGAAAAGUGUUUAUUUUGGUUAAAUUGUACAGAUUAAGGAAGUGUGCACUAAGUGGGAUGUCUGUCUUUACACACUGAACACAAGCCAUGUGAGCUGGUUUCACGUAAUCCAUUGCCCCUCCCUCAAGAUCUGCAAGUCAUUUGUGCCGAUACUAAAAAGCAGAAGUAUUUUUUGGUUAAAGAGACAAACUUUUUAAAUGAAAAAUAUAUGACUUGUUUGCCCAUUCAGCUAUAGGCGUGGAGGACAAGAACAAAGCAGAUGGGGUUAGAGGUUUCCAGCAGCUCCUAGUUUUCUUGGCCGUGUCGAUUUUUGUUAAUUAUUUUGCCCUUGGGUGAACCCAAAGAAUUAACUCCCUGCUGUACUGAACUGACAUGCAAUGUAUUGUGACAAUGCACUGUAUAAUUUGUAUGUAAUAUUUAAUUAUAGAUUAUAAUUAAAACAUUAAAUUAA